CCGGUUGCCGUCGGCUCGUUCGUUGUUUUAAGCGGCUGACUGGUAGGAGAAGCCGGAGCUCCGGCGGUGCCGCUGUCGCGGUUGGAUCCCGAGCGGUAGCUGAGCUUCGGGCGAGCCCGAAGCGAGGACUCUAGACUGCAGAGCAGCGGGGCGAGGCGCCCGCUGGCCCUCCGGUCUCAUCAUGUCGCGGGGCUCGAUCGAGAUUCCCCUCCGGGACACUGACGAGGUCAUUGAACUUGACUUCGAUCAGUUACCAGAGGGAGAUGAAGUUAUCAGUAUUCUGAAACAAGAACACACACAACUGCACAUAUGGAUUGCCUUGGCGCUGGAAUACUACAAGCAAGGAAAAACAGAGGAGUUUGUGAAGUUGUUGGAAGCAGCACGUAUAGAUGGCAAUUUGGACUAUAGAGACCAUGAAAAAGACCAGAUGACUUGCUUGGAUACAUUGGCAGCCUAUUAUGUACAACAGGCCCGGAAAGAAAAGAAUAAGGACAAUAAGAAAGAUCUUAUCACACAGGCAACCUUGUUGUAUACAAUGGCUGAUAAGAUUAUUAUGUAUGAUCAGAACCAUUUGUUGGGAAGAGCCUGCUUUUGCCUACUUGAAGGUGACAAAAUGGAUCAAGCUGAUGCACAGUUUCAUUUUGUACUCAACCAGUCUCCCAAUAACAUUCCUGCCCUUCUUGGUAAAGCUUGUAUUUCAUUCAACAAGAAGGAUUACAGAGGAGCUCUUGCUUACUAUAAGAAAGCACUGCGUACUAACCCAGGAUGUCCAGCUGAAGUUCGUUUAGGAAUGGGCCAUUGCUUUGUGAAACUUAACAAACUGGAGAAGGCUCGUCUGGCCUUCAGCAGAGCCCUGGAACUUAACUCUAAAUGCGUGGGAGCACUGGUUGGAUUGGCUGUUCUCGAGCUCAACAAUAAGGAGGCCGAUUCUAUCAAAAAUGGUGUUCAGCUUCUUUCCAGAGCCUAUACUAUAGAUCCUAGUAACCCUAUGGUAUUGAACCACUUGGCAAAUCACUUUUUCUUCAAAAAGGAUUAUAGUAAAGUCCAGCACCUGGCUCUCCAUGCAUUCCAUAACACAGAAGUGGAGGCAAUGCAAGCAGAAAGUUGUUAUCAGUUGGCUAGAUCAUUCCAUGUUCAGGAAGAUUAUGACCAAGCUUUUCAGUACUACUAUCAAGCCACACAGUUUGCCUCAUCCUCUUUUGUGCUCCCAUUUUUUGGUUUGGGACAGAUGUACAUUUAUCGAGGUGACAAAGAAAAUGCAUCUCAGUGCUUUGAGAAAGUUUUGAAAGCCUAUCCUAACAAUUAUGAAACUAUGAAAAUUCUUGGUUCUCUCUAUGCUGCCUCAGAAGAUCAAGAAAAACGUGAUAUUGCCAAGGGCCAUUUGAAGAAGGUCACAGAACAGUAUCCUGAUGAUGUUGAAGCUUGGAUUGAAUUGGCACAAAUUUUAGAACAGACUGAUAUACAGGGGGCUCUCUCAGCAUAUGGAACAGCAACACGAAUCCUUCAGGAGAAAGUGCAGGCUGAUGUCCCCCCUGAGAUUCUGAAUAAUGUUGGUGCCCUCCAUUUUAGACUUGGAAACCUAGGGGAGGCAAAGAAAUAUUUUUUGGCCUCCUUGGAUCGUGCAAAGGCCGAGGCAGAGCAUGAUGAACACUAUUACAAUGCCAUUUCUGUCACCACCUCCUAUAACUUAGCCAGGCUGUAUGAAGCCAUGUGUGAAUUCCACGAAGCUGAGAAACUAUAUAAAAAUAUCCUAAGAGAACAUCCGAAUUACGUUGACUGCUAUUUGCGCCUAGGAGCCAUGGCUAGAGAUAAAGGAAACUUUUAUGAGGCUUCAGAUUGGUUUAAGGAAGCUCUUCAGAUAAAUCAGGAUCACCCAGAUGCUUGGUCUUUGAUUGGUAAUCUUCAUUUGGCAAAACAAGAAUGGGGACCAGGUCAGAAGAAAUUUGAGAGGAUAUUAAAACAGCCAUCCACACAGAGUGACACUUACUCCAUGCUAGCACUUGGCAAUGUGUGGCUCCAGACUUUGCAUCAGCCUACUCGAGACCGAGAAAAGGAAAAGCGCCAUCAAGACCGUGCUCUGGCCAUUUACAAACAAGUACUCAGAAAUGAUGCAAAGAACCUAUAUGCUGCUAAUGGCAUAGGAGCUGUUUUGGCCCACAAAGGAUAUUUCCGUGAAGCUCGUGAUGUAUUUGCCCAAGUAAGAGAAGCAACAGCCGAUAUCAGUGAUGUGUGGUUGAACUUAGCACACAUCUACGUGGAACAAAAGCAGUAUAUCAGCGCCGUGCAGAUGUAUGAGAAUUGCCUCAGAAAGUUCUAUAAGCACCAAAAUACUGAAGUGGUCCUGUAUUUGGCCCGGGCACUAUUCAAGUGUGGCAAGUUACAGGAAUGCAAGCAAACUUUGCUGAAGGCUAGACAUGUGGCACCCAGUGAUACAGUUCUUAUGUUUAAUGUGGCUUUGGUCUUGCAAAGAUUAGCUACCUCUGUCCUGAAAGAUGAAAAGAGUAAUCUGAAGGAAGUACUUAAUGCUGUGAAAGAACUGGAGCUGGCACACAGAUACUUCAGUUACUUGAGUAAAGUGGGAGAUAAGAUGAGAUUUGACCUGGCCUUGGCUGCUACAGAAGCCAGGCAGUGCUCUGACCUACUGAGCCAGGCCCAGUACCACGUGGCUCGAGCACGGAAGCAAGAUGAAGAAGAGCGGGAGUUGAGGGCCAAGCAAGAGCAAGAAAAGGAGCUGCUGAGACAGAAACUUCUUAAAGAACAGGAAGAGAAACGUCUGAGAGAAAAGGAAGAGCAAAAGAAACUCUUGGAACAACGGGCCCAAUAUGUGGAGAAGACGAAAAAUAUCCUUAUGUUUACUGGUGAAGUAGAAGCAACAAAAGAGAAGAAGAGAGGAGGUGGUGGUGGACGGCGAUCCAAGAAAGGAGGCGAGUUUGAUGAAUUUGUCAAUGACGACACUGAUGAUGACCUGCCUAUAUCAAAAAAGAAGAAAAGAAGGAAGGGCAGCGGUAGUGAGCAAGAAGGCGAAGAGGAGGAAGGUGGGGAGAGGAAGAAGAAGAAGCGGAGAAGACCUCCAAAGGGUGAAGAAGGCUCUGAUGAUGAUGAAACAGAAAAUGGCCCCAAACCAAAGAAACGCCGUCCACCAAGAUCAGAGAAGAAGAAGACUCCCAAGCCAGAACGUUUGCCUCCUUCAAUGAAGGGAAAAAUAAAAUCCAAAGCCAUAAUAUCAUCAAGUGACGAUUCUUCAGAUGAAGAUAAACUGAAGAUUGCCGAUGAAGGGCACCCCAGGAACAGCAACAGCAACAGCGACUCCGAUGACGAGGAGGAGCGGCCAAAGAGACGCACCUCAUCUGAAAGUGAAUCGGAUGACAACCAGAACAAGUCUGGCAGUGAGGCCGGCAGCCCUCAGAGGCCCCGAAGACCACGGUCAGAUGAAGAUUCAGACAGUGACCAGCCAUCCCGAAAGCGACGGCCCUCCGGCUCCGAGCAGUCGGACAAUGAGUCUGUUCAGUCAGCACAGUCGGGGCGGAGCCCAUCCGGGGCUUCAGAGAAUGAUUCUCGCCCCGCCUCUCCGAGCGCCGAGUCGGAGCACGAGUCAGAGCGGGGUUCUGAUAAUGAGGGUUCUGGCCAAGGCUCUGGAAAUGAAUCAGAACCAGAAGGAUCCAACAAUGAGGCCUCGGACCGAGGCUCGGAACGAGGAUCAGAGGAUAGCGACUAGCUGCUAUUCAUAAAGGAGUUUCAUCUCUGGAAGAAAAAAAAAAGUUAAUAUAUAAAAGCUGUGAUAAAGAUGUUCUGAGAUGUUUAGUCAAAAAAUUGUGAAAUUUUUCUUAAGGCAGUUCUUUUUUUUCUAUCUGUUUGUAUAUUGCUAAGCCCCAAGACACAUUUCCUAUGCUAGAGUUCAGUAUCUGAGUUGCUUGUGCAAAUAAGACUAUUCAUUGUGUGAAAACCAGAGUAAAAAUCAACUGAGCUGCGAGGCUUGGCUGAAAGCUGGCAGUGCCUGUCUCUGUGUCUAGCAAUGUACUGUUGGGUUUUGCAACGUUCCUUUACCAAGUGAGGCAGAAACUUGGUAUUAGUAGUCUUUUUUUCUUUUUUGGGUUAAGAUUGAAGAUAUUUUUAUUUGUUGGAUGAAGAGAUGUCGCCUGUAUAAAUUGCACCAAAGCACAUGUGAAAAGAGGUGUUCUUCAAAGUGUAAUGCAGCGAUGCUGACACAGCACAGGUACACACUUUGCUAGGUUGAAUAAGAUGUGGAAAAUGCUUUUUCUGUUAGUAGAAUAUGAAAACAUCCCCAAAGCCACUUAAUAAAAUUCUUUUACCAAC